UCUAAUUCUUCUUUCUUCAACAAGUACGUUUAACGACUUCCAUCGCUGAAGAUUUAUGUUAAAGAAGAUGGGAAGAACUUGUUAUCGAAGUGUCACAUCAUGGAGACAGAUGGAAGAAGAGGACUGCUGUGACGGCUAAUUUCUUCUUUUACGAGACUGGGCUUCUUCAUACCUGUACUUGCUUUCGACGAAGGUCAUAACAUUCGCUGUUCCUGCCCAUAGUGCCGGUGUGACAUCCAACAGGCAGAGAGGACGCUCGCUUGGUAGUUCAGCAGAGGAGGCGGACGUCAGCCGUGUGUGAAAAAUACCUGGAUUCGACGUCUGUGGAAUUUCAUUUACCUUCCACCGUGACACUGUACUAAAGUUACGCCACUCAUCGAUACAGAAGAGUGCCAGCGCCGCAGAAGGACGCCACCCAGGUGGAUGGACCAGAAAUGUUGACAGAGCUUCAGGAGCAAGGCAUCACCAUCUGUCUCUUUUCGCUGAGAAGGUACGGAGGAGUCAAGGACAAUAGUUGCAGAUGACGCUCAUUAACGAUUUUUCAAACAAAAUGAUGUUGUUAAGGCUGUCUUUGCUGCUUGUUAUGCUUCCAUACAUGGAAGCCAACUGGUGUCUAACAAACAGAAAAGAAGUGAGCCCGAAACGUUUCAUGUAUUAUCAAGGACGAACAUCAGACAUACGUUUAGAAGCUUCAGACAGGAUAACACACCAACUGGCCAGUCAUAUCUUCAAAAUAUUCUUAGAAGAAGUACUUGGAUAUGCUUAUGUGUCUGUAGUAAAAGCAAAAGAAUAUAGCAAUGAAACUGAGAUAUUGGGGCACCUUUCUGUACCUCUGAAUGGCAGCAGUCCCGCUCAACAACUGCCACCAUCCAUGAUAAAUGUUGAAGUGUGGCUACCAGCCCAAUACAAUGCUGCCAAUUAUUCUGAAUAUUAUGGAGUGAAAGACUGUGGUCUGAUUGCGCCUCCUGGAAGAUUUGGUUGGUUUAUUCCAUCGAAGCUCUCAUAUAUGACACCUGGUAUGGACCACUGGAAAUUCUUCACAAAUCCUAAAGAAGUUAGCAUAUUUGAUGUUAAAGGUGAUAAAGAUAUGGAUUUUAUCCGAAAGCAUAUGAAGGAUAAAUCAGCAAACAGUUAUUACUGCCGAACUGACUUUUGUGAGAAUGGCAUAUAUUCACCUGAUUGGUGUUCUGACUCUACAAAGAAUAACACAGCAAACUGUGCUCUUUUGUUGGCUGGAUAUCCAGGUCAAACAGCAUUUGUGGUGGAUCAUAUAAGAGAACUUCGUUUAUAUGUUAAAGUAGCGUGGUUAGGCCCAAAUUUGAAAAAUGUAACUGAAACUUUAACAAACAGUUAUGCUAAAAGUGGUGUGAAAAAAUCUCUUAUUAUUCUAUCUUGGACACCGAGUUUGAUUACUGCAGCUGAUGAUGAUGAUUUCACACUUGUAACAUUUCCUGAAUGCAAUCCAUUCUCAUCCCAUACUGAAAUUGGCUGCAAAUAUGAGUUACACAGGCUCACUAAAUUUGCUUGGUCAAAAAUUAAAGAUGGAGCAACACCUGCUUAUCAGGCACUACUCAAGAUGACAUUUUCAAGAGAGGAUUACCAGAAUCUUCUUAAAAUUUACAAAAAAACUAGCAACAAACAUAAUAUAAGCAGUAUUGCUUGUGCCUGGAUGCAUCAGAAUGAAGAGGUUUGGGAAUCAUGGAUACCUAGACUGGAAGAUAAGAAUGUGCUUCAUAUUGGAGGAAUAUUUCCUAUAUCUUCAUCAUCAUCUAGUUCUGCCAAAGGAAUUGUCAGAGCUGUACAGUUGGCAUUUGUUGCCAUAAAUCGCAAUGAAAGUGUGCUAAGGGACUAUGUGUUACAACCUCUUCUUAAUGAUGGUCAGUGUGCUGCUGACAAGGUGAUGAAAAUAUUCAUAGAUUAUAUUUUGUAUGGAAGCUACAAUACACUUGCAGGAAUUCUAGGCCCAGCAUGUUCUGAUACUGUUGAACCACUGGCAGGAGUCACAAAGUAUUAUAAAACAGUUGUAAUAAGCUACAGCGCAGAAGGCUCCAGCUUUUCAGACAGAACUAAAUAUCCAUAUUUCUUCAGAACAAUUGGUGAAAAUCAGCAGUAUACUGAUGUAUAUCUGAGCUUAUUUAAGAGACUGAAUUGGACAAGGGUUGCUGCAUUGACUGAGGAUGGCCAAAAGUACACUGAAUAUAUAUCCCACUUACAGGAUUUGUUACAAUCUAAUGACAUUCAGUUUGUAACAAACAGAAAGUUCCCUCGUGAUAGAAACAAGGAUGCAAUGGCAAAAUACUUGCUGGAAUUUAAAAGUAAGAAUGUUCGCAUCAUAAUUGGAGACGUAUAUGACCAUGCUGCAAGAUCUCUUAUGUGUGAAGCUUACCGGCAAGAAAUGACAGCAAAGCAGGGAUAUGUUUGGUUUCUUCCUCUGUGGCUAGAUCCUGACUGGUAUGAUACAGAGAGACACCCAAAAGAGAAUCUGACUUGCACUAAAGAACAAAUGGUUCAGGCCAUCAAUGGUCAUUUAGCUCUUAGUCAUGCAUACUUUGCACCUAACGACAGUAUCAUGCAAGAAAAUAAAACAGUUGGGCAGUGGAUGGAACAGUAUAAAAAUGCAUGCAAUACAACUAAUGGAGAGAGGAUGUCAAACUAUGGAGGCUACGCGUAUGAUGCAGUGUGGACCUAUGCUCUUGCAUUAGACAAACUGUGGAAAGAGAACCAGUCACAUUUUUCUAACAUUCAUAAUGAUAGUACCACAAGACGUUUUGUAGACCUCAUUGGGGAGACUGAUUUUAAUGGUGUAUCAGGACAUAUAAACUUUAGGGGAAGACCUUCUCGAAUAACAACUGUUAAUAUUGUCCAGUGGCGUAAUUAUUCAACAUACAUUGUUGGCUCAUUUAAACCUAAUAUCUCAGAAGACAAUAAGCCACGUGGUGGAACUUUACAUUUCAAUGAAUCUGCAGUAGUGUGGCUUUCAUCUGAUGGAAAGCUGCCCAGUGAUGGUACAGAACCACCAUCAGUCUGUUAUGUUCAAGGUCUUGCAGAUGGUCUUGGAGUUACUUGUGAGAUAGCUGUUGUAGUGGCAAAUGUCAUAGGCUUCAGCAUUCUUGGGAUAUUGCUGAUAAUUGCCUUUAUUUUUGUAAAGAGAAGGUAUGAGAAGAAAGUUCAGCUGACCAAAAGAUACAUGGAGCAUCUUGGCAUUGAUUUGCUAUCAGCAUCAAAUCUGGGAACUCUUGACAAAUGGGAGAUUCCACGUGAUAGAGUAGUCAUCAACCGAAAGCUUGGAGAAGGAGCAUUUGGCACUGUGUACGGGGGAGAAGCCCACUUUGCUGAGAAAGGAUGGGUUGCAGUUGCUGUCAAAACAUUGAAGGUUGGUUCUUCAACAGAAGAAAAACUGGAUUUCUUAAGUGAAGCUGAAGUCAUGAAACGCUUUGAACACAAAAACAUCGUAAAACUGUUGGGUGUCUGUACAAAAAAUGAACCUGUCUACACUGUGAUGGAGUUUAUGCUGUAUGGGGAUCUGAAAACAUUUCUUCUGGCUCGGCGACAUUUAGUAAAUGACAGACUUACUGAAGAAUCAGAUGAAGUAUCAAGCAAAAAGUUGACUUCAAUGGCUCUGGAUGUAGCAAGAGCACUCAGCUACCUUGCUGAUUUGAAAUUCGUUCAUCGUGAUGUCGCAUCACGGAACUGUCUUGUCAAUGCUGCUCGUGUGGUGAAACUUGGAGACUUUGGAAUGACAAGGCCAAUGUUUGAAAAUGAUUACUAUAAAUUCAACAGAAAAGGAAUGCUUCCUGUCCGAUGGAUGGCACCUGAGAGUUUGGAACUGGGUAUUUUUACACCAAGCUCUGAUGUGUGGUCCUAUGGAGUGCUACUGUAUGAGAUCAUUACAUUUGGAAGUUUCCCCUUCCAAGGACUGAGCAAUAAUCAAGUGUUAGAGCAUGUGAAAGCUGGAAACACUAUUCAGAUCCCAACUGGUGUAAAACCUCAGCUGGAAGCUCUUAUUCGAUCCUGCUGGAAUAAAGAUUAUAAGCGAAGGCCAAAUGCAUCUGAGAUUGUGGAAUUUCUUGCCAACAAUCCACGGCUCUUAUCGCCAUGCCUUGAUAUGCCAUUAGCCUCAGUACAGAUGGAAGAUACAGGUCAACUAGAAAUGCAUCUUCCAGAAAGGUUUCGCAAAUGUUCCUUAACAGCUUCAUUGUUGCAGAGCAACUCAGAACUAAGUAAUGGUUGUGUACGUGAACCUCUUUUGAGCUCUAAAUAUAUCACAGCACAUCAAGAUGAUGAGGACUUUGAAGAUGAAUACUGUGGCCAUGACCCACCUGGUGGAAUUAAGCAGGUGGACUCCAUUCUUUGACAGCAUACAUUCACUGGACAGCCAGCCAACUGUGCCACAGAAAUUGUGUUCCUGUAGCUAUAGUAUUUGGCACUAUUGCCUACAGUAACCAGUGAAGUUAACCACAGUAGUAAAUUGUGGUCUGGUUGCGUACUGUGUAUACAAAAUCUGCAUCUGCAGUAGUGUUUAAUGGUGAUGGUCAUGACGCCACACUAUAUAAGCAUUAGAAAGCUGCAGGAAAAUUUUAACUAGCCAUCAGCUGUGUGAAAUACCUCUCUAAUAGAUGUUAAUUAUUAUGUGGUUCCAUUUCACUAUAUGGAAUUUGUUUUUCUGGCUGAUUGUAGCUAUACAUUUCUUUUCCUGCAGUGAGAAAGUGAAAAAGUGCUAAGCACUCUAGUGAACUGUUGAUUUAAUAAACAAUUUAAAAAGAGUCAAUAUCUCUUAAAUAAAUAUGCUGCUCAGCAGGUCAGAGAUGAAAGCUGUAAUGAGAUCUUUCAAAAUAUUUAUAAUUACUCUUUGUUACAACUAAUGAAUUUAACUGGCGAUUCUUUUGAGUACACAAUUUUUUUAUUUUUAGACAUUCAGUGGAGAAAAUGGUUCAAAACCCUAUGCAUAUGAGCAAGUAAGAAAGUGCCAGUUUCAUUCCAACCAUUGUAGCCAAUUUAUUCCUCUAGUCUUAUUUAUAUACUUAUGUUCCCAUUCAUCAACAAAAGUUUCUAGAUGACUUCACAGUUUUAAGUUUAUGAACCCUUGCGGAGUCUAUAAUUAGAGGACAGAAUCCAAAACCUCUGCACUUCUCAUUCUCUUUACCUCUUAUGUAGUAAGGAUUAUCUGAUACUGAUGUAAAAGAUUUCAAAAGUCUUUUGGAGAAAAAAAGGUUUCAAAAAAUGAACACACACCAUGAUUUUCUACUGAAUUUUUGGUUAAAAUACAUGUGUGUAUUGAAGCAUGACAAAUUAUAAACAUUCCUUACAUUUAUUUGUCACAUGUUUAUGAAGAUCACUUCUUUAUCCAAUAUCCAUGACAAGAUUCUUGAUCAGAAGAAUAAAAGAAGGUUAAGUUAUAGUUCUGUAGUAAUACUGUACUUAAUGUCUCUCAUCUCUCUUUGUCCACACAAUUGAGACAUAUUACUGAUUAUAUGUACUGAUUCUUUUCAAGAGUCACAUAGCUCAGGAAUGUGUGUUUUUUAAUUCUAACACUAGGUGGUUUUCAUUUACAUUAGUUCAUAACAAAAAUUUUGAGGCCAACAUCUUCUCUAGUGCUACAUGCUUUUUUUUAUAUUCAAGUGAUUGUGUUGUAAAACAGCUUAUGUGGGCACACAAUGGCUAAUGUAUGUCCCACUGUCUGAGCAGUAGACUAUCUGUGACAUUUCCUUUCUUUUAGAAAGUCUCGCCACAAUUCCUCAUUCGAAAUGUUUGCAUCUUAUUACAGUGAACUUUCAGUUUCACCAAAUGUAUGUAAUAUAAAUGCUUUAACAAACUUUAUUAGCCAUAAGAAAGGAAUAACAGAGUUGUUUUACAGGUUUAAAGGUAAAACACUUAUUGUUUUUUUUUUGUGUGUGUUGACAGGAAUUAUGUUUCACAUGUUUCAAAUAUUUUAAUAUGUUUGUAAUAUGUGACUUGAUAUGUUUAUUUAAAAUAACACAGUAGUGGCAGAGGGUCAUAAAUGUCAAGUGCAAAGGGACUUAAAACAAACAAGUUGCAUUAUAUAACUGCAAACUAUUAUCAUACAUUAUGUUCUUUUUAUAUUAGUUUACAUAUUACAAAUUCAGGACAUCAGAUGUAGAUACUUGCUGCAAAGUCAUCUUUAUUCCUUUUGACAUGUUGUCUGCAUAAAUUCGUGUCAGAUGAAAUGCCAUAUUAAAUUUUCUGUUCUUGAACAUGCAACAAAUAUUAGAGUGCAUGUCCUUCAUGGACAAUAUGAUAAAAUUGCAUUCUCCACUUAACUGAAUCUCCAAAUACUAAAAAACAUUUUUAUAUACUGGAAA